AUGACGACUAAUAUCAGCUUAAGCGAAUAUGACAUUCCUGGUGCCUCCCUAAAAGGUCGAAAUGCUUCAGAAUUAAAAAACGAUGAACUAAAAUUUUGGUUGAAAUGUAGAGGAGACUCUGGGAAAGGACUUAAAACAAAAGCAGAACUUGUGAAAAGAGUCGAAGAAUUCAUCAAGAAUGGUAAAGACAAACAAAUCGUGGAUCCCGAUCCAAAUCAACUGUACACGCGAAGAAAACUUUCUUUGACCAAGUCUACUUCUAGUAAUUGUUCCAACGAGCCUCGAGUACGAUCGGUAAAAUAUCCUGAAGAAAACUGGGGUACUUCUCUAGAGAAAAUGCCACUGUUUACAAAGGCUGAAAUGGACGAGCACAUUGUAAAUUCUGGUAAAAAAAUCGCGAACAAAGAGAGCACAAGCGUUCCAACCAACUUGAGGAAAGCACAGACUUUUCUUCAAGAUGAGUAUCUUCACGAAAUUAUAACAACAAGUGAUCAACGAGGGUUCUAUUUUAAAGCCAAAUGCUCUCACAGUUUUAAAAAGAGUGAUGCCCCUCAUGACCUUAAGCUUGCAAUAUGCAUUAUAUCUGGUAAAGUGUUGCAUGCAUUUUGUAGUUGUGUCGCUGGCACCGUUGGAUAUUGCAAUCACAUCUUAGCUUUAAUGCUAAAACUUUGCAAGUAUACUUUGUAUGACUGUAAGUCGACGAAGGAUCUUUGUAAAGAUAAAGAUGAGACUGAAGGUCUAGCUUGUACUUCAGAACUACAAAAAUGGCACAGAAAGGGAGGAGGCUCUAACAUUUCACCACAGCCCAUCUCCAGUGUGAUAGUAAAUAAAACUAAAUGCGAAACUAGUUCUACUAGAACUUCUAAAGAUGGAGGAGUGAAGUCACUUCUUUAUGAAGCAAGGAUAAGUGCAGUAUGUCAUGAAGAAAAAAUUGAACAAUUCAAGCAAGAUUUGACUAAAAUUUAUGCAAACAUGGGACUAUCUCAAAUGGCAUCAGAUACUAGACAACACAACAUGGUGGACACCAAAUUUGGUAAAUGCCCAAUAGGUUCCUUUGGAUCCUAUCAGUCAUCAAUGGUAAAUCCUUUAUCGGCCAUAACAAGAUCUUUGUCAUCAAAUGGCAAGUCCAGAAAGCCACUGCGAACAACAAUUUCUCUGUCAGAUAUUGAGCCAGUGUAA